AUCAAAACGACACCAUUUUGCUAGUAGCGACGGCGCAGAGGACGGAAAUCGAAGUGGAAAAUAGGAUCGCUGGUCAAAUGACCCCAAGGAAACCAAAAUCUUUUAUCAGUAAGUGAGGCCGGGAGAGUAGCGAGUGCCAAACACAGUCCAGUAGAUUCGCUGUAUCCCGUAUUGAUCGGCGUUCUGUUUAUAUAUUAGCCUGCUCAAUCAGUAGCCAAGGAUUUAUCUGUGUUUUCUGCUGAUAGUGACUAUCUGUCUGGUUACCAUGGCGUCCGGGUCAAUCGUGAAAGCAAAAUUAGGGGACCUGAGCAGGGAUUCGUUCGUGCCCCUUCUGACAAAGCUAAUAGGGGAAUCCAAAUUCGUGCAGAACAACCCACCAGAACUCAUCCCAGAAGAAGACAGAGUGGUCAAACACGUCUUGGAUGUUCUUCUUCCUUUGAGCACCAAAACAGGCGGCGGACCCCUGCUCAUCAAUCACGUUACUUUCCCCGGCAGAGGCAACCUUAUUAUCGAGUACCCUGGAACUGAACCCGGCAAAAUUCUCUCUUUCGUGGGAUGCCACAUGGACGUCGUCACUGCUAAUUCCAACGAAUGGGAUUUUGAUCCAUUCACACUGAGUAUCGAUGGGGAUAAACUUCGGGGUCGUGGAACUACUGAUUGCUUGGGACAUGUUGCCCUUGUGACUGAACUGAUGAGGAAGCUUGGGCAAGAAAAGCCAAAUUUGAAAUCAACCGUUGUUGCUGUAUUUAUUGCCAAUGAAGAGAAUUCUGCCAUAUCUGGGGUUGGUAUAGAUGCACUUGUGAAAGACGGCCUUCUUAACAAAUUGAAAGAAGGACCUCUGUUUUGGAUUGACACAGCAGAUAAACAACCUUGCAUAGGCACUGGAGGUAUGAUACCGUGGAAACUUCAUGUCACGGGAAAACUCUUUCACAGUGGAUUGGCUCAUAAGGCCAUAAAUCCAUUGGAGCUAGCAAUGGAAGCACUAAAGGAGAUCCAGUCGCGAUUUUACAGAGACUUCCCACCACAUCCUCAGGAACAGGUCUAUGGAUUUGCAACUCCUUCAACCAUGAAACCAACCCAGUGGAGUUAUCCUGGAGGUGGAAUCAAUCAAAUUCCAGGUGAAUGUACCAUUUCAGGAGAUGUCAGGUUAACUCCAUUCUACAAUGUGAAGGAUGUGAUGAAUAAGCUACAAGAAUAUGUGGAUGAUAUUAAUGACAAUAUAGAGAAGCUAGAAACGCGGGGUCCAGUUUCAAAAUAUGUGGUUGCAGAGGAAAACUUGAGGGGAAGCCUAACUCUGACUUUUGACGAUGCUAUGUCUGGAGUUGCUUGCAAUCUUGAUUCCAGAGGUUUUCGUGUAUUAUGUAAAGCUACUGAGGAAGUAGUUGGGCACGUAAAGCCUUAUUCAAUUACUGGGAGUUUGCCACUAAUUCGAGAAUUGCAGGAAGAAGGUUUCGAUGUGCAAACUGCUGGCUACGGUCUAAUGGCAACAUAUCAUGCCAAGAAUGAGUACUGUCUCUUUGAAGAUAUGUUGCAGGGCUAUCGGGUGUUUGUGAGCAUCAUUGCUCAGUUGGAAGAUUGAGAAUUCUGGCGGAAUCCCUAAUAACUGUUGCAAACUUGUUCUAUUACUUAUAUUGUUAUUGGUGUGGUCCUGAGGGUCUGUGUGUGAGCGUGGAAGGUAGAUUUUUAGCCGGCCAAUUAAAAAAAACAAAAAAAGAAUUUGAAUUGACUGACCUUCCUGCGAUUUUCUCUGCCCUUCUUGUCCCUUACAAGUUAAGGUGGAGAACGUUCUGAUUACUUAAAUGUCACUCAGAUGAGUAUUAUUUUCCUACUAUUAACUAGCUGUUUUGGAAAA